AUGCUUCUGACUUUUAGGAAAACGACAUUUAUGUUGAUAUUACGAGGUAGAAAUUAUUGUAGGAAUUUCAGUGAUCGCAUUUAUGUUGAUACUUCAAACCAUAACAGUCAAGUAAAUGCAUUAAUGCUGUCGCAGGUUUACCAAAACAAUCGUAAUAUUCAACGCGGUGUCAUUUCCCAAGCGCAUCAACAACAAAAUCAUCACCAGCAGCCACUGAGACAGCAAUCAAAUCAAAUUACCUUGCAGCGAUCUCAUGCUCUAAAUAUUCAACCUGGUCAAGUUAGACAGCAAUUUCACCCACAAACCAACGCAUAUUACGACGACAUGUUAAACCAAUUCGUCAAUGGUCAUAUCGUAAUUUAUCCGCAAGAAACAUAUUUUGAAACUGUACAAGAUGAAAAUAAUACUUUAUCUAUUCUCGAAAAUGCAUAUAGGUAG